AUGCAGGUUAGUUCACCCCACAGUUUAUUCGCUAAAAGAACGAGUAACUACCUCUUAGUACAGCUGCCGAGCCCCCGGUGCUUGUUUUCCUUGGUUGAUGAAUGUGUUGCUGUUGUGCGUUUCCUGCUGCUGCUCUCGGGUGAUAUUGAACAAAAUCCUGGACCUGACUCAGCAGCGGUACUGGCUGAACUGAAGAAACUAUCUUCCGGACAAUCUAAACUUCUCUCUGAAGUACAGGAUCUAAAAUGUCAGCUACUAGCGACCAAUGCCACCCUGUCUGAACUCAGUAAGCGCCUCACAAACGUGGAAGCAAAUUGCCAGCAAAUUGAACCCUUGAGGCAGCAGCUCGGAACAGUGCAAACCGACACCGCUGAAACGGCUAGUCGAGUUUGCAAUCUUGAAACCCGCCUUGAUGAGGCGGAAAACCGCUCUCGACGUAAUAAUUUGAUCUUUUAUGGCAUUAGUGAUACUAACAAAUCUGAAUCAUUUGCUCAAUCUGAAGAAUUGGUAAUUCGGCUGUGCUCCGAGCAAUUGAACUUUUCCUUGGAGCCAAAGGAAAUUGAGCGAGCACAUCGCCUUGGUCGAUACUGUACUGGUCGUAACCGGCCUAUUAUUGUGAAGCUUUCAUUUUUUAAAACCAAGGAAGCCAUCUUGUCAAACGGCCGUAGGUUUAAAAACACGCCUUACAGUGUGGGCGAAGAUUUUUCCAAGAAAGUGCAGAACGCGCGCAAACACCUUGUCGCUUUUGCGAAAAACAAGGCAGUUCCUUUUUCCCUUCACUACAAAACAUUAUUGAUUGGAUCAAAGCGCUAUACUUUUGAUGAGACGUCCCAAUCCGUUAAAGAAUCAUAG